ACACGAAUGGAGAAAGAACAUAUGAUUUUCGGAGAAAGAAAAAAAAAGUUUCAAAAAGUUCAAAUUUAAUUUAAAAUCAAAACUACUGGUUAAAUUUCUUGUACAAAUAAUGGAAAAAAGAAAUGUGAAAAGAGGAAAUGAUGGUGCAAUUAGUUUGAUUUCUACUACUGAAGAAAGAACUGAGUUUAUUGUUAGGACCACAUCUAAAACAAUUUCAGUUGAAAUAAAUAAAGGACGAGAUAAUAAUAAUUUACGCAACAAUAAUGUUUUUAAUGAAGAAGAUGAUGAAAUUGAUGAUUUGGUUGCAGAAUUUGCCGAUUAUGGUAAUACACCACCACGGACGAGGAUUAAACUUAAAAAUCGUGAUUGGGAAAGAAAGCAAAAGUUCGAAUCAGGGAAAAAAGUACCACUAGGUCCAGAUGGAUGUCCAAAAGGUCCAGCCGGACGGCUUUGUCGCAGAUUAGCACGCGUACAAAGACGGAACACAAUGGAUUGUGCUAUACUAAAUGAAAUGUUUAUUAAUGAGGAGACAAAACGUGUUGAUAAACGGGCACAGCAGUUAUUAAGAGAAUCUGAACGGGACCAGAAACAUUCAAUGGCGUUAACAAAUUUACCGUCAAAUUUUCGCACCAGUUUGCAUGAAAAUCAGCUCUUACGUACAAACAGUAAUUCACAUGUAAUACAAUCACCGCCUGGUCAAAUCAGUAAUAUUAUUAAUAAUAUGAAUAAUAAUAACAAUAACAACAGCAAUAAUAACAAUAACAAUAAUUUUGAAAAUGAUAACUUCAACAUAGCUGGUGUUCAACUACGCCACUCAAAUACGACUGCUGGUGUACCGACAUUAGUUGAAUCAUAUAAUCGUUAUAUGAGCGUUUCUUCUCGUCCAAUAGGUUGCAGAGUUUCAGCACCUCCAGUUGCAUUUUUAAACAAUUUUAAAAUUGAAACUGGGAGUGUUAUGCGCAACGAUUCACCAAAAAUUCAAUCCCGAAAAGACUUUCACGAAACUUUUGCUAAUUUGAUUAAAUUGGGAAGUAUUGAUAGACAGCAAGAUAAAAUAACUCAUGAAGAAUCAACAUUUCAAACAGAACUUAAAGACUUGAUCUGGUUAGAAUUACAAGCUUGGCAAGCUGACCGAACGUUAGAGCAGCAGGACAAAUACCUGUUUACAGCAAGACAAGCAGUUCCAGAUCUUCUAAAUGAAAUUUUAAACUUCAAGUUCAGACCUAAAUAUAAAACUGAAGUCAGUGUUGUUAGUAAUGACAGUGGAAAUUACUCAACCGCAUCAUCAGAAUAUUUAAAUCGAUGUUCCGGUUGCCUUUCUUUAUAUUGUAAUGAUUGUAAUUUACAACAAAGUAAAGCACUUAAAGAAGUCGAGGAGCUUUUAACUCGUCUUGAAGCAGCAGAAGCAUUAUAUCCAUCUUCACAGCAAAUGGGAAACUUUCAUCCAGCUUAUAAAUCAGAAAUGUUUGUUGGUCGCGUAAAAGCAAUGUGCUUAUGGUUUAAUAUUACAAGGCAUCAUCGCCUAAAGCUUAUUAUUCUGGGAAAAAUAUUAGCUCGUUUGCAAGGGGAAAAAUUUAACUGGCCAGUUCAAUAUUCUUAUAUUGAAAACUCAUCAAACUCCGCAAUACAAGAAAGUGAUAACGAUUCCGGAAAAUAUUCAACUGAUUCUAAAUCAAUGAAUUUAAAAGGAAAACGAGACUCUCCAAAAGUACAAUUUGAUGUAGAGGAUAGUCCAAAUCAUACACCCAGUGAUAGUACAGGAAGCAAUGAGUCUAGACCCGAGGCACUUUCAAGCAAUCAAUCAGAUGGUUCGAUUGUAGCUGAAUAUUUAAGAUCGGUUAGUGAUGUAGACUUUUUCAAUGUUGAGCCUUUAAUGCACAUUUCUUGUGAUAUGGAAAAUUCUACAAAAUUGUACAGGAAAUACAUUGAAAAUGUUCUGAAAUCGCGUGGCCUAGCGAAAUCGUUAGAAUUUCUACAUCAGUUCCACAAUUUAGUAUUACUGAAAACUAAAAUUGCUUUAGAAAAGCCAGAAGAAUCAAAUAUGAAGAAAAAUAGUGUUCAUCCAUGUGAAAUAGAUUUUGACGAAGAAGACGAGUUGGAUGAGAGUUUAGAGCCUCGGCUUGGUCAGGAACAAAUAAGCGAACUACGUCGAUACGGUUUUUACAGCGAAGAAGCAAAGUCACUUAAUUUGCCAUCCUAUAAACCAACGUUCGUAUUUCUUUCUGUUGUACCUUUAGAAGUGAUACACGAGUUUUUAAGAAUGCGACUUGAAACCCGACCUUCAAAACCCAACCCAUUAAGUUUGGAGCAAUUAAUGAAAGAACUAAGAGAAGGUUUAAUAUUAGCGUUGACUCAUCGUGAACGAUUUUAUAGCCAUAUUACGACAGCACUUUCUGAAAACGAAAAUGAAUUAGAUAAAUAUUUUGCUCUACUAGAUCAAUUUGACGCCACGGUUAAGAAAGUUUUAGAGUUAUACUUAGAAUAUGUUGAUCAAUGGGUCUUAGUUGCUGCACCGGAAACUCAUCAAAAGUCAGCCUUAGAAAGAGAGUGGACUUUUACAAAAUUGGUGAGCCCAAUGAUACCCGAAAUGCAUAUAACUGCAGCAAAAAAAUUUUGCUUAAUUAUUCGUAAUUUACUUCGUAAUAUAAGUGAAAAUUUAGUGAGCAGAGCUUUUGAGCUUGAUGGUCGCUUAGAAGAUCCAACUGUCGAAGGAGAAGAAAAAAAAUGGCAGUUGCUAACUAUUUGCAGAGAAACUCAAGCCCUUUUUACAACUGAAAGAGAACGAUCUAUUAAAGUUUUGUUUUUUGCAAAAUCAUUUUGCCGUGAUGUAGAACAAAAUGAUUUUCAUAGAGAUCACUGUGAAGACUUUCUCUCUAAGAAAGCCUCGCAAAAUAUUUUCAACUGCCCUAAGAUUGAGGAUGCUUUUGUGGAAUUAAAGAAAGAUAUUCUCAGCAUUCGACAAAAAUUAAUACAAAUUAUCGAAAGAGUGCAAGAGAGAUGUAAUGAAAAUAAUAUGGGAGAAUUAGACGAACAAGAUACUGCGGCGAUACUUUCGAGAUCUCGGGAAAUCCUGCAUCAAGGAUUUAAGUACGGUUUCGAAUACAACAAAGAUGUUAUUAGAUUGUUUGAGCAAAAGGUGAUGAUAGGAAAAGAUACUGAAAGUGAUUUAGAUUUAGCUCUUGGUAUUAUUGAAUUUGCCAAAAUGUGGAUGAAAUUUGUUAUGGAACGCUGCGAUCGAGGAUCCGGUGUAAGACCCCGCUGGGCUAAUCAAGGCUUAGAGUUUUUAAUUUUGGCAUGUGAUCCUCAGAUAACGAGACAUUUGAAUGAAAAGGAAUUCGAGGAACUAAAAUCUAAAAUGGAUGAAUGUAUAUCACAUGUUAUUGGGAUUUGUGAGCCUGCGAAAAAAGUUGUUAAAAAAAAAGCUUCGCCAAGAACACGAAAAACUUCAAGUCCAGCUCCUUCGCGAUCUCGAACUCCCACUAGAGCUUCCAUAUCAGCUGGAAUGACAGUUAAUGCUAAAUUUUUAUUACCUCAAUUCAGCCUUAAAGAAGAAAAUUUAUCUGCAAACAGUUCUGUAGAAUCUAGUGAUAUUACAGAUAAUCCUAAUUCAGGUUUAUAUUUAAAUCCAAUCACUCUGAUUGUUCCUCGUUCAAAUGGUAAUCUUGAAAGUUUAGCUCUGAGACAAAUCAGAGUUCGCGAUGCCGUAAACCAGUUAGAUUUGAAAAUCGAAAACCGAUUACGAGAUCGAAAUCUAAUUGGUCAAGUAAAAACAUUAAAUUCUUGUGACAAAGUUCAAAUAAGGGCCAGAAGUGUCAAUUUUCAUUGGCAUCGUGGAAUUAAAAUCGGGCAAGGUAGAUUUGGAAAAGUUUAUACUGCUGUAAAUAAUUCCACUGGAGAAUUAAUGGCAAUGAAAGAAAUAUCAAUACAACCUGGUGAAACAAGGGCGAUUAAAAAUGUUGCUGAGGAAUUAAAGAUUUUAGAAGGAAUUAAACAUCCAAACUUGAUUAAAUAUUACGGAAUAGAAAUACAUAGAGAAGAACUUUUGAUUUUUAUGGAACUAUGUUCUGAAGGUACACUGGAAUCGUUAGUAGAGCUGUCAGGAGGAUUAUAUGAGGGUCUAACAAGACGUUUUACUGCCCAAUUAUUGUCUGGUGUUGAAGAACUACAUAAGCAUGGGAUUGUUCACAGAGAUAUUAAAACGGCAAAUAUAUUUUUAGUAAAUGGUGGAAAUAGUCUAAAAUUGGGUGACUUUGGAUCGGCUGUUAAAAUUCAAGCUCAUACAACUGUCCCUGGUGAAUUGCAAGGAUAUGUGGGUACACAGGCAUACAUGGCACCUGAAGUCUUUACAAAAAAUUCUUCUGAAGGUCAUGGUCGAGCUGCUGACAUAUGGUCAGUUGGAUGCGUUAUAAUUGAAAUGGUAUCAGGAAAAAGGCCAUGGUCACAGUUUGAUUCAAACUUUCAAAUUAUGUUUAAAGUUGGCAUGGGUGAAACUCCGGAAAUACCAACAUCGUUAUCACAAGAGGGUUUUGAAUUCGUAGAGAGGUGCUUACAGCAUGAUCCGAAACUGAGAGCUACAGCUGCUGAACUUUUACAGCACAAUUUCUGUAAAGUAAAGAAUAGUUCAGAAAGUGAAGAUUUAAUUGAUACUGAUUUGAAUAGAAUUAAAAUUGAUAGUCAAAGUGGAAGAAGAUCAUUACGUAGAAAUAAGCCAUAGAAAUAAUAUCUAAAUUUCUUUUUAAAAUGUUCAAGAAAGCGACACCAAUUAUAAUUUAUUAAGUACAAAGUUGUCAAAGCUUCUAUACCAGAAUUGUGCUCAAAAAGAAUGCAUUGUUUAAAUAAGUAAAAUUAUUUACUUUAUGUACAUAAGAUAUAUAUCAAGAUUUAACUUAUAUUAUAACCAAACCUAAUAUAGAAAAAUGUUUAAAUUUAAUCGUUGUAUAAUGAUUAAAUCUUAAUGUGUGUAUAAUGCGUACACAAUAUAUAAACAUAGCAUAUAAAUUAAUGAAAAUUAUAAACUUUCUCUAAAUAAAUUAGUUAAAAAAAUUUAGUAUAAUACAAAGGUACAAUAUUCAAAUUGUAUUCAAUAAUUUAAAAUAAGUGUUUUAAGUUUUUUGCUUUCAUCUAGCUGGCAAUUUUAUUUAAUUUUUUUUGUUUAAGACUGAGAAUUAUAGAAAAAUCAUUUUAAAAUCACGAACAAUUUAAUUGAUUUUAAUGCUUUCAUAGUAUUUUAACACUUAAUAUUUUGCUUAAAAUCUUUCCGAAAAUCCUUAAUGUAAUUGAACUUUUUAUAUGAUAUAAAGGCUUUUAAUGAUGUUUUAUUUGAUUGUAAGAAACUCUUUUAAGGAUUUUGGAAAGUAAUAUUCUUAAUAAUUUUUGCUUUACAAUGCAGCUGAUAUUUAGAAAUCUUAUACAUAUAUAAAUUCAUGUUGUAUACACUUAAAAAUUACUGCAUUUAAAAUGUGUUUUGAUUUCCUUUUUUUUUAUUAUAAAAUUGUGUAUAUCUUUAUUAUGUUUUUGUGUGUUUUUAAUAGGCAUAUUUUAAAAUUUAAGAAUAAACUUAUGUAUCUUA